AUGGAACCGAGCACCGCCACCAGGUGUGAAAAUUGCAGAGAAUUAAUUGAACAAAAAAACAACACGAUAGAAUUUCAACAAAAUAAAUUAAUAAACUACCAAGAUCUUUUGGUUAAAGCACAACGUGAUUUGAUUGAUACGAAAAAUGAGUUAUUGAGAAUAAAGGCCAAAUAUAGUAUUGGCUUUAGAAUUUAUGGCAAUUCUGAUGGUGAAGAUAGUAGUAGAAUACAUCGAGUGAAAAGAAGAUGUAUAACAGUGAUAGGCAUAGGGAUAGGAAUCAUGGAAGCAGUACGAAAAUAUAAGUUGUUUCUUGGUAAUGUGGUACGACCUGUCACUGCACUAGUUUUAAAGAAAUACCUUGAAAGUUCUUUUGGGCCUGUGAUAGAAGUUAAGCAGGAUGGAUCUUUGCCAUAUGCAUUUGUAUAUUUUGCAGAUUCAAUAAGUUAUUAUAAAGCAGUAAAUUCUGGCAAAUUAUCAAUAGGUGAUGUGACUGUAAGGAUUGAAGAGAUUCGUGUAAGAAGACAUUAA